AUGAUCUGCUUUGUGAAUGUCUGCAUUUUUUGGACUUCUGCAUUUGUGGUGUCUGCUAUAGAGUUAAACCAAUGCAAAGUUCAAGAUCGCUUUGAGCUAAAUGAACUCUCCAAAAAAGGAGAUAUUAUUUUAGGAGGACUCUUUUUAUUGAAUUUUAAAACAAUAAGGCCAGAAUUGUCCUUCACUUCAAAACCUGACCAGUGGAAAUGUGAGGGUUUUCAAGUAUCUGCCUUUCAGUGGAUUCAAGCAAUGAUCUUUGCUAUAGAAGAAAUAAACAAGAAUCAGAACCUCCUUCCUAAUAUAACUCUUGGCUACCAACUCUAUGACAACUGUGUGAACCUGCCCAUAGCACUCAGGGCAGCCAUUGCUUUGUUGGCAGGUAUGGAUGAAGCUGUUGAUGAUUUCAGCUGCAAUGGCCCCUCUCCAGUAAUUGCUGUUGUUGGAGAUCCUUUGUCUUCUCAUUCCAUUGCAGCAAUGAGAAUUAUGGGUCUGUUUCAUCUGCCUAUGGUUAGCUAUCUUGCCUCAUGCUCCUGCUUGAGUAACAGACAAGAGUUUCCUUCAUUCUUUAGAACAACCCCAAGCGAUGCUUUUCAAGUUAAAGCUAUGAUUGAGAUUGUCAAACAUUAUGGAUGGGUGUGGAUAGGUGCAAUAGCAAGUGAUGAUGACUAUGGACAGAAUGCAAUAAAAGCAUUGAUUAAGGAGGUUAGUGCAUUUGGCUGCAUUGCAUUCAUAGAAAUGGUCCCCACUGUGUUCAAAAAAGAGAAAAUUCUUCAGAUUGUGAACACCGUUAAACAGUCUACUGCCAAGGUUAUUGUUGUAUUUUCACCACAAGUUGAAUUUAAUACUUUGGUUAAAGAAAUUGUUAAGCAGAACAUCACUGGCAGACAAUGGAUUGCAAGUGAAGCAUGGAGCACAUCUGCCUCUAUAGCAAUUAAGGAAAACUUCCAUUGUUUCGGAGGGACGAUUGGAAUUGCUAUUCGUAGAGGGACAAUUCCUGGUCUGGAGCAUUUUCUGCUUCAGCUUCACCCAGAUUUUAACUCUGAUAAAAGAAUAAUUAUUCAAUUCUGGGAAACAUUAUUUGCAUGUAAAUUCUCAGAAAAUUCAAGUCAGGUAAAUUCAACCAGUAGGAUAUGCACCGGAUUAGAGGAUAUUGGUUCAAUUAAAACUGCGUAUACUGAUGUAUCAGAGCUACGGUCAGUCUAUAAUGUAUAUAAAGCUGUAUAUGCAAUUGCUCAUGCGUUACAUAAUUUAAUGUCUUGUGAAAAUGGAAAUGGACCCUUUGAGAAUAAAACCUGUGCCAGCAUCAAACAUGUUCAGCCUUGGCAGGUCCUGCAUUAUCUUAAGGAAGUUAAUUUCUCAAACCAUUUAGGAGAAAGAGUGACAUUUAAUGAAAAUGGGGAUGCCAUGGCCAUCUAUGAUAUUGUUAACUGGCAGCCAUCUAAUGACGGCAAGAUUCAAAUUAAAACCGUUGGUCUUUUUGAUGAAACUGUUAAGGAAGCCAAUCAAGUUUCACUAGCGGAAGAAGAGAUUUUUUGGAAUUUUGAAUCUCGUAAACCUCCAGAGUCAGUUUGCAGUAAAAGCUGUCAACCAGGCACAAGAAAGGCCAGCAGGAAAGGGGAGCCAGUCUGUUGUUUCGAUUGUGUCCCUUGUGCUGAUGGAGAGGUUAGCAGUGAACUGGAUUCUAUUGAAUGUAUCAAAUGUCUAAAUGAUUAUUGGUCAAAUCAUGGAAGAAACCAAUGUGUUUCGAAGGAACUCGAGUUUCUGUCUUAUGAAGAUGCAAUGGGAAUUACUUUAACAGCAAUGACCAUACUUGGAACUUGCCUGUCAGUCGCUGUGCUGGCAGUGUUCAUUCACUACAGGAGCACUCCAGUUGUAAAGGCCAACAAUUCUGAGCUCAGCUUCCUUCUACUGAUUUCACUGACUCUCUGCUUCCUUUGCUCACUGACGUUCAUUGGACAGCCUACUCAUACAACCUGCAUGCUGAGGCAUGUGAUGUUCGGCAUCAGCUUUGUUUUGUGUAUUUCUUGCAUCCUGGUCAAAACUGUCGUUGUAAUAAUGGCAUUCAGAGCGACACUGCCUGGUAAUAAUAUGAUGAAAUGGUUUGGUGUCUCCCAGCAAAGAGGAACUGUUUUCUUUUUUACUUUUGUUCAGUCCUUAAUAUGCAUAAUAUGGUUAGUCACAUCUCCUCCCACUCCAGCUAAAAACACAAAAUAUUUUAAUUCAAAAAUUAUUUUAGAGUGUGAUGUGGGAUCUGUGAUUGGCUUUAGCUUCUUGCUGGGGUACAUUGGAUUUUUGGCAUGCAGUUGUUUCCUCUUAGCUUUCUUUGCAAGACAUCUGCCAGAUAACUUCAAUGAGGCUAAAUUCAUCACUUUCAGCAUGUUGAUCUUCUGUGCCGUGUGGAUCACUUUCAUACCUGCUUACAUCAGCUCCCCAGGGAAACACACAGUAGCUGUGGAGGUUUUUGCCAUUUUGGCAUCGAGCUUUGGUGUCCUGUUUGCAAUAUUUGCACCAAAGUGCUACAUUAUUAUAUUCAGACCUGAAAGAAAUACAAAGAGAGCUCUAAUGGGCAAACAAAAUGCAGAGUAAUGUAGAAAAACAAAUAAAUACAGGUAGUAUAAUUAGUGUAAGCAGAUUUACUU